AUGUUCCAGCGCCUUCGGGGAGCCAUAGACGCGAGGAUAGCAGAAGAGCAAGCUCGCCAAAAAGCUACCCAGCCCACCACCCCGUCGCGAUCAUCUUCUUCGGCGCGACGCUCUAAUUCACGCACCCUUUCCCCCGCGACACGAGCUGCACGGUCCAAGGAUGCCGACUCCAGCAAGGCUGCGCCAGCUGGCAAGGGCCCUGAUCCCUCUGAGUUUGACCCGGAGUUUGUCAUAGGAGAGGAAGAUGACCAGCCAAGUCCGGCAGCGACACCGCAACCAAAGGAGGAGGCGCCACCUGCCGAUGUCAGCGCCGAGAAUGGCGAAGGCAACAAGGACGAGGAGGCGCCACCUGCCAAAGUGGAAGAGAAGCCAGAGCAGCCACCAGAGAUUCCGCCCGAAAUCAGACAACGAUUGCGCAGACUGGAUAAGUUGGAACCUAAAUACACGGAACUACUUCGGUCGUACCGCAUCGCACAUGCCAGAGUGGGCACCAUCGAUGCCUUUGAAAGCUCCCUACGCGAAUAUACUCCCCUUACUUCCAUCACCGACACUGGCGCGUUUGUCGAAUACCUGGGUCAACUAAACGUCAAAAGCGACAUGCUCAUGGAAGAACUCAAGCGCGUCUCUAAGGAGCGCGACGAGCUUAAUAAGAAGCUAGAGGAUGCUGAGAAGCGCGCAAAGGAGGCUACAGAAGAGGUGGAGACACUCAAGUCGCAAGCACCCGCCAGCACCGAGACUCCACAAGAUGACUCUACCCAGACCGAGUCUAUUGCGCCUUCUACAGCAUCAAAAGCGUCCAAGGAAACGGCGGCUACCGAAGAAACCGAAGACUUCUUCUCCUACGACAGCGAAUUACCCCGCCUUCAGUCACAACUCGAGGAGAGUGUGGAGAAGAUUGGAAAGCUUGAGGAGGAGAACAAGACGCUCAAGGAGGAGCUUUCGACCGCACAAGAAUCAGCCCAGUCUUUUAUGCAGAAUUUGGAAACUACUUCCAACGAUCUGAAUUCCUUCAAGGACACCCACCACCGACUACAAAAGGACGCCGACGACCGUGAAAAGGAACUCAAUAGUAUCAUCGAACACCUCACAACGCGAGCCGAAAAGGCCGAGGAGGACCUACGCAAGUACAAGGCCGACUACAAGCAAAACGAGACUGCGAUCAAUGAGCUCAAGGAGAAGCUGAGGACCACAGCCAAGGAACUGAAAGAGUUGCACGCCGAGAAGGGAGAGAGACUUGUUGAAGAUGACCAGAUUCAAGCGCUCCAACGCCGCGUCAAUGAGCUCCACGCCGAACUCUCGCAAUUGCGUGACACGCAUGCGAAGAGUGAAAAGCGGGUUGAAACCAUGAACGGCCUGCUUACCAAGGUUCGCGAGCAACUCAAGACCACAGAGGCAAAACGUGAUAGCACAAUGGUUGAACUUGAGCAAGCAAAGAAGGAUCUAGCAAAAGCAAACACGGAGAAGCCGGCAGCCAAGACCGAGUCUACCCUACAACCCCCACCUACUCCUACCCAGAGUGCGGCAGCGAAGAAGAGGGCCCGCAAUAAGAAGAAUAAGAAGGGUGGAAAGGGACCCGAGGCCAGCGGGGCAAUGACUCCGGAAGCCACUCCAAGUGAAGCCGGAGACGAAGGUCUGCUCAGCCCCCGUGAUGCAGAGUUCUCGCCAUCCCAGCUGGAAGAAGCCCUGAAGAACGUCGCGCAACUCAGAUCGGACUUGGAAGAGAAGGUGGUUGAGAUUGAGACGCUGCAGAGCGAGGUUGCAGAGAAGUCCUCGUCGAUUGAUUUACUCCGAAAGAAGGCCAAAGACCAGGAAGAUAUGCAAGAGGAGAUUGAUACCUUGCGCCAAGAUCUCCUCGACUAUGGUCUUGAGCAUACCGAAGCUAAGGACAAGGUCAAGCAAUUGCAGGCAGAGAAGACAGCGCUUCAGGAGAAUCUGACUAAACUUGAGGUUGAAAUCGCGGAGCUUAAGACUAGUAAAGCAGCGAAUGAGUCCUCUCAGCAGGAGCGGGAAGCUUUGACUGCCGAGUUCACUGAACUCAAGACCAAGGCGGAAACGCUCCAGACUGAUCUAUCAAUCGCCGAAAAGCUUGCCGCGUCUCGCUUCAAGGAUCUGACUGACAUGCGAGAGGUCUUGCAAAAGGCACAGCCCGAACUGACCUCUUUGCGAAAAGAGGUUGCCGAGCUACGCACUACCAAGGACGAGCUCUCCACCAAGACGGCUGAGGUCCGCAAAUUGGAAAGCCGUGAGAAGGAUCUCAAGUCUGAAGUCGCCGACUUCCGCUCGCAAUUAUCCACAAAGGAAAGCACGAUCAAGACGCUCAAUGAAAAGAUCAAGCAGGAGACUAGUCAGAGGCUAGCUUUGGAAGAGAGCAACAAGAAGUUUCAGCGAGACCUCCAGAAUUCCGAGACGGAGCGAAAGGAUGUCAUUGAAAGCCGAGACAAACUGACAAAAGACUUGGCCAAGGCCCAGGAGGAGCUCAAGACAUCACGCAAGAAGAUUCAUGAUCUCGAGGAAGAGGUUGCAAAGAUUACACGCGAAGCAGCAGGCCUACGUGACGACAUCCAGCUAAAGUCUGCUCAAUACGCGAGCGCUCAAGACCUCAUGAACAGCAUGCAAGACCAGACACAGGAAAUCAGCACUCAGAUGAAGGAAAUUCGCGCCAAGAGCGAAAGCUUGGAAGAAGAGCUCGCAGAUGCACAUCGGUUGUUGAGUGAGCGCGGACGCGAAGCUGAGACAAUGAGAAGACUACUAAACGACGCGCAAGGCCGGGCUGAUGCGCGUGUACGCGAGAUGCAAGAGCGUCUUGAUGUUGCUGUCGAAGAGCGCGAGCGUGCUGAAGAGCAGGUCAGCACAUUCAGUCGUCGUCGGGCUCGCGAGCUCGAGGAGUUGAAGCAAAAGGUCCGCGACGCUGAGCGUGCACAGGCACGAGCUGUAGAGGACAAGGAGGAUCUUGUGAUUGCCGAAAAGGAGCUUCGCAAGCAAACCGAGGAUCUGGAGAAACGAGCGGCACAAGCCAGUGAGGAGGCUUCAGAGGUCAGACUCGCCAUGAGCCAGCUGCGAGACGCAUUGGACGAAAGCGAGAAGCAAGCGCACGAACUGGAGAAGGAAAAGGGCGACUUGCGCCGCGCCUUCGACGAGACUCAGAGCCGGUUGGAGAAGGUCCAAAAGUCAAGCAAGGCAAUGUCGGAUGAACUGCGAACGAUGAAAGCACGGGGCCCCGAGUCCAUGGCCCAAUCGUCACGAUCAUCGAUCGAAUCGACGCGGUCGCGACUUGCGUCUCCAACACCCAAGGGCGGCGGAGCUGUUGCGGAGGCAGUCGACUAUGUGUACCUCAAGAACGUACUGCUGCAAUUCCUUGAACAGAGAGACAAGAAAUACCAACAGCAACUCAUACCCGUGCUGGGGAUGCUGUUGCACUUUGACAAAAAGGACGAGCAAAAGUGGAUGGCGGCGGUUUCGGCCAAGUAAUGGGCCCACUGCGGCUCUCUGCAGUCGGACGUGCAAGCGGUUGAUUCGGGCAUGACUUGCAGCUCGGGUGACACCAACAUGUAUUGGAUAUUUAUAGUAUUGCAUAGCGAUGGGUACGGUCAACAUGUAUUAUAUCGAGGGCGUUGUUUUCCAGAGUUGGUCGCUCCUGCUUGACGGCAGUUGGCAGCGAUGACAUUUGUGGACGAGGGUGGAGAAGAACGAGGGUCAGUUUCCCGUUUAGAGUCUUUAGGAUUGGAAUCAAAAGUCCGUCUGU